AUGAAAAGUUUUUAAAAGGGUUAUCUAGAACUUAAUUAGAUCUGGCUAAGUAGAUAGUAAUAAUUAUAAUUAAUUCAGAGAAUAUGAAGCACAUCAAAAAAGAAUGGUACAAUAAAGAAAGUUGACUCCUCCUAGAGAUUCAAGAAUAUAUGAAUAAGUCAAGAAAACUUAAUUUUUAAAUAAUAGAAAAAGAGAGCUUAUGAAAUGGUAAACAAUUUAAGAAUAAAAUACAUAAAUCUUAACUAGAUUAGUUAAAAUAAGUAAUAGAUCUCCAACAGUAAUAAAUAAUAUUAAAUUGUUAUUUAGCCUCCAAGUUAAUGUGGAACUCCAAGAGGACGAAGAGCAUUAAAAGAAAAAAAGUUAAGAAUAGAAAGUGAGAAUAAAAGAUUACAUAAUAAAUUGAUAGGAAUGUAUGAUUUCUUGUUUAAAUGUAAAGUUAAUCAGAUUUGAA